UGGCGUUGUUUGCUAUCCGGCAUUGCAUUUUAAAAAAUUCAACCCAUAUUUUGUUUGUUGCGAUGUAAAAUGUAGUGUGAUACAUAAUAGAUGCACAUCUUCAAGUAUUUACUAUUGGUUUUACCCGUAAUAUCAUCAUAGACAUGUAGCUGCAGGUCGGAGUACAGUUUUAUUAUGAUUUUUACAAUAGCAGCAUUACAUUAUCAACCAUUUAACAUGUAGCAGUUGCAAUAGAUGGAACAAUACAAGUAAUGGCUUCCCCAUCGACGUCGGCCGGGUGGGCGGGCGACGCGGACCGAAAUCCAACCGAUUUGCUGCAGACCCUCAAACUGACUACUAUUGAUUUAGUUGGAGGCAUAUUGUGUCACAUUUGUCAUAUAACAUUUGGGAAUAAAAAAGAUUUUGAUAACCAUUAUGUGAAACAUAAUACAGGGAGUACAGAUAUAGUUUACACAUGUGUUGUAUGCCAUAAGAAUAUUGUCGGUUACCGCAGCUUCCACGGUCACUGUUAUCUGGUUCAUGUCACCAAAGAUAAAUUUAAAUGCGAAAUUUGCCCCAAAUUUUUUUCAAAACUUUGCAUCCUCAAACAACAUAUGGACACAAAACACAAUUUUGUCUGUUCAUCAUGCAAAAAACAAUUUUCAUCAGCAAAAGAAUUGCAACUACACCAAAUUGUACACAAAAACGAUGAGAGUCCACCCUACGACUGCCACAGUUGUGGUCAACAGGUUGAUAACAUUGACAGCUGUGAACAGCAUAUUGAACAGCACUGCGAAUUGUUCUACUCCUGUCCUAUUUGCAAUGAGAAUAUACCCAACUUGUCCAAUGCUUCAGACCAUCUGAUUAAGCAUUUUGGCAAAGUACUCAACAGAGAAUAUGAAACAGGAGUGGAAUAUUCAGAGUCACCCAUUAUACCUAAAGAUAGCUCCAUUGAUAUCGUCGGUGGGAUCCUCUGCUGCUACUGCAAGAGUAUCUUCAAGAAUAGAGUUGAGUUUGAUAUGCAUUUUUCGAUGGAACACUGUGGCAAAGAUAUAGUAUACUCAUGUAAUAUUUGUGGGAAACAGUAUGAGAAAUACUUCUUGUUUGGGAGCCACUGCUACGAUCAUUUUGCCAAAGACCGGUUUGAAUGUGAAGAGUGCGGCAAAACAUUCUCACGCCUCUCUCUGCUAGUGAUACACACAGAAGCAUUCCACUCAAGCGACACAGUAGCUGCCAAGCCAUUUACAUGCACUCAGUGUGACCAUGGCUUCAUGACCGAAUCGCGUCUCCGCGAACACCUGCGGGAGGCCCACUCCAUACAGCGUAUCCAAUGUCCUGCAGAGGGGUGCCAGGAAAUAUUUGAAACGCCAAAAGAUUUAAUCCUGCAUAAACGUCAACAUAAAAUAGUCGACAGUCAUAGGUGCAAGCAGUGUAGCCUCCACUUCACCACAAUGACUGCCUGCGAGAAGCAUAUACCCGUGCAUUGCAAGAAGCAGUACUCCUGCCCAGUAUGCAACAAAAGCUACAGUGAGAAAUACCUCAUCAUGAAACACGUGCCGCAACAUUUCUCAGCUAUUAUACACAUAUGCAAAGAUUGCGGUAAAAUGUACAACGCCAAGAAUCGUCUAGUAGAGCAUACGAAGGUACAUACCAAGGAUCGAGUCCACAAAUGCAGUUACUGUGACAAGAGUUUCAUCAAAUCAUAUCAGUUGCAGCAGCAUCUCAAUAUACACACCGGUUUGAAGCCGUACAAGUGUGUUAAGUGCCCGAAAUCAUUUGCAAGCGCCCCUAAUUGGUCCAAACAUUUGCGUAAGAUACACAACAUCCAACCAAAGUCCCUCGUGAAGCCCGUGCUGGAGAAUAACAAUGAAGUGUUCGAAGCGGCCGUACCGAAAGUGAAGAAGACGAACGAAAAGUGCAAGAUUAUAGAGAGUUAUAAAACAGAUGGAUUAGUUGACUCGAUGGGUUCGGAGAUGUCGGUGGACGCGUUUAGUUGCAAAUUGUACGAAUCGGAUGAGAGUACGAUCGAGUCGGACGGGAUCGACCCGGCGCUGAUGGAGAAGGAAUCCAAGAUAUACGACGACUCCACGACCACGCUGGACGUUAUGAGCGACAUCACUGAGCUUACUAAUCUCACAUCGGAUAAUAUCGACGCUCUCAUCACUGCAUACUCUGUACCGGAUCCGCCCACGUCGGUGUGGUUCCCGCGCGAGUACGGGCCGGACUUCGUGUGGGACGGGGCGGGCGGGGGCGGCGCGGCCGGGGGCGGCGCGGUCAUCGACCUGGACGGGGCGCUGCUGCCGCACAUCGACCCGCGGCUGACGCAGCUGGGCCCCUGCGACCCCCACGACCCCUUCGACCCCCGCGGGCCCCGCGGGCCCCGCGCCCCCUGGGAGCCGCCCGUGCUCACCAAGCUGCCGCCGGACCACCAGCUCGGGUAUGCAGACAUUACCGAAGCCGCACAUUUCUCGUUUAUGAACACGAACCUUUAUUGA